AUGCUUCCACGAACGGCGCAGUCCAGCCUGCGGUCCGCCGCUAGGAUCGCCAGGUCCUCCACAACGUCGGCCUCGCUCGCCCGCAGGUCGCUCUCCACAACGUCGGCCGCCGUCUCGCGCGCGCCCUCUUCGUCCAGGUCCGCCUUCCUCCCGGCGAAAUGCGCACUCGAUGCUCGCCUCUUCUCGUCCUCUGCCCUCCGCAGGGAAAUCGUCAAGGUCCCUCAGAUGGCCGAGUCGAUCACCGAGGGCACCCUCAAGCAGUGGAACAAGAAGGUCGGCGACUUUGUCAAGGCCGACGAGGAGGUCGCCACCAUCGAGACCGACAAGAUCGACGUCUCGGUCAACGCUCCCCAGUCUGGCACCAUCGUAGAGGUCUUCGCUGAGGAGGAGGACACGGUUGAGGUCGGCAAGGACCUCUUCAAGCUGGAGCCGGGCGAGGCGCCCGCCGAGGGCUCGAGCGGUGGCGAGGAGAAGAAGUCCGAGGAGCCCAAGAAGUCCGAAGAGCCCAAGAAGGAGGAGCAGCCCAAGAAGGACGAGGCGCCCAAGAAGGACGACGAGUCGAAGCCCGCCAAGAAGGACGAGCCCAAGCCUACGCCGUCCAAGAGCCCCGAAGAGAAGCCCUCGCCCGCUUCGUCGUCCAAGCCCGGCUCGCCGCCCGGCUCGGGAUCGUCGAGCGGCAGCAGCAGCAGCAGCAGCAGCAGCAAGGGCAGCAAGGGCAGCAGCAGCUCGCAGCCGCCCAAGCCCGCCACGCCCGGCUCGCGCGAGGAGUCGCGGGUCAAGAUGAGCCGGAUGCGCCUGCGCAUCGCCGAGAGGCUCAAGCAGUCGCAGAACACGGCGGCCUCGCUGACGACGUUCAACGAGAUCGACAUGUCGGCGCUGAUGGCCUUCCGCGGCCGCCACAAGGACCGCAUCCUCAAGGAAAAGGGCGUCAAGCUGGGCUUCAUGGGCGCGUUUGCCAAGGCGAGCGCCAUGGCGCUCAAGGACAUCCCCGCCGCCAACGCCAGCAUCGAGGGCGAGGGCCUGGGCGACACGAUCGUCUACCGCGACUACGUCGACCUCAGCGUCGCCGUGAGCACCGACAAGGGACUGGUGACGCCCGUCGUGCGCAACGUCGAGUCGAUGAGCAUGGUCGAGAUUGAGCAGGCCAUCGCCGACCUGGGCAAGAAGGCGCGCGACAACAAGCUCACCCUCGAGGACAUGACCGGCGGCACCUUUACCAUUUCCAACGGCGGCGUCUUUGGCUCGCUGUUUGGCACGCCCAUCCUCAACCUGCCCGGCUCGGCCAUCCUCGGCAUGCACGCCAUCAAGGAAAAGGCGUGGGUCGUCGACGGCAAGGUCGAGAUCCGACCCAUCAUGGUCGUCGCCCUCACCUACGACCACCGGCUGCUCGACGGGCGCGAGGCCGUCACGUUCCUCGUCAAGCUCAAGCAGUACCUCGAGGACAUGCCCAGCAUGCUCCUCUAG